AGAUGUGUCUUCCUCAGAACACUACUGAUAUGAGUUAAAGGCAGAGUUAAGUGAAAUAUGAUCUUCUGAGCCUGCUCUAUACUCCAAGGGCAAGGACACACACACACACACACAAUAAUGAUGUUUCUGAUUUUACACUUAAACAACUAUAGUGUCAUACACAAUAAUACACACUAUCUGAUAUAAAUAAAAUAACACCACACACAACAGCAUCCAAAACACACACAUACACAUCCAUGAUGUGUUUCACACACACCUGGCACUAGUCGAUGCCCCCCUUACACUCAUCAAUAUGUCAGACUUCUGGAUGGAAGAAGGUUUGGUUCGCUGUCAUCACUAUUCUCGGAUUAAUUUUUGAGAUCUUGACUCCAGAUCUUGAGAACAACGGAACUUCUCAGUAGACAUGGCUUCGCAGCACACUGCUUCUACAGUGAGCAGAGCCGGAGCAGUAACUGCAACGACCACACCAGCAGCUCGAGCCCAGAGUGUUGUUGCUGCAAGUCCCGUAACGUUCCGAAGGAAGAAGCGGCCAACCAGUCCUGCAUCCUUCCCAGUGACGCAGGCCAGUGGAAACAACAGCAAAAAAAGAAAAGCAACACCUGUUACAACUCCAACACAAGCACAGAUUGUAGCAAUGGAGCCACAAUCCGAGGGGAAAGCACCGAGUGCGGUAGACGUGGCUGUACCGACCACCACGGAGCCCGUUACCAUUCCCCUAACUUUUAAAGAUCCUAAUUUUACGCAUUCAGGGAUUGGCGGUGCAGCAGCAGGGAAAAAGAACCGGACAUGGAAAAAUCUAAAACAAAUUCUGGCUGUGGAACGGACGUUACCCUGGAAUAUGAAUGAUCCCAACUACUACAGCAUUGAUGCUCUUCCUUCCUUCAAACCAGCCAAGAAAUACUCAGACAUCUCUGGACUCCCUGCUAACUACACAGACCCUCAGACCAAGCUGCGGUUCACAUCCUCUGAGGAGUUCUCCUACAUCCGCCUGCUCCCUACUGACGUGGUCACUGGCUACCUGGCGCUCCGAAAGGCCACCUGCGUGGUUCCCUGACAACUCUUGCUAGGACCUGAUCUGGGACCAGCUCAUCCACCUCCAAUCCAAAGGCCUGGCACUGCAUCAGUGCUCAAGGACCGUUUCUCGUUUUGAUGGUAUCCUGAGAAGAGGGAGACGUAAACAGGGAUGAACUGUGUUUGACAGCAUGGACUCAUGGAGUGCCUUUGUCAAUACAAAGAGCCUUCCAGGCAUCAUAGUAAGACUUGUACAUUCCCCAUCUGACGCAUGGGAAGAUAUCAUUUGGAACUAAUUUAUUUGAAUUUUUGAACAACCCAUGCAGUUGUCAUGUUUCCAUGUAAUAUUCAGCAUUCCCAAUGUUUAAAUGCCUCAUGUACUGUUGGAUCAUACACCUUAUUUAGUUCAAUAAAAUCCUGUCCAAGAGAAAUCAUCUAACACAGAUGUUUGCUGGCUUUGACAGUUGCCAUUAAACUUGAUGGGUGUCAACAUACGUCACUGGCUAACUGGAAUUGAUUUACUAGCCCAAAAAUGUGUGACAGGCCCCAGCGAGAAUUGAACUCGCGACCCCUGGUUUACAAGACCAGUGCUCUAACCACUGAGCUAUGGAGCCCAACCUGCUUGGGUGAUUUAUUAUUAGAGUUCUAUAACUAAAUACAAAACCACACCCAUGUCACAAGAUAUUACAUAGAGGCAGUGCACCUUCUGCAUUCCUAGAAUAAAGAAGACCCAAAAGGAGAUAACAAUGGUCUACGGUCUCCAUUACACCCCACCAUUAACAGUUACCGGAAACAACCAACCGGCAUAAAAUAUGAGAGAGGUGUGAACCACUGACACUUAAUUGUAGUGACAAACAUGAAACGAACCAUUUUCACAAUUUCAGUGUCCUGUUCGGCUGUGAAAGUGAAUGUUCUUCCUCCUAGGUGUGGUUCUUUUUCAAUUCUGCAAAAUGCAAAUACAAUGAGCACACUAGUCCAUUGAUAUGCAGUAUUUCAGUACACAACGCAAAUAUAAUUCAUACCUGUUCUCCAUCCUGAAGGUUUGAAU